ACCUCAGGAACUCACCAGAUUGCUCAUUUGUGCAUAUAAAAGCAGGUGGAGCUUUCACUAGCAGCAGCACAGACAGAGAGACGACACAAACAGAUUCUCUACUCGCAGACUCUGACAAGAUACAAACUUCAUGAUGUUUCCUCUGAGCCUCCUCCAGUCCUCACACAGCCCCCUGUGUACCUGCAGUGAGUCUGCACUCACACUCUGGCCGGCUACACGGCUGAUCUAUGGCCAGCUGGAAGAUGACGUGCUGAGCUUGAGGAACGAUAUGGACAGAAGAAUGCAGCGUGUGAAUCAGACUUAUCAGCUGCUCUCUCAGGACAUAGAGAUGAGAAGGAGAAUGGAACAGAGCAGACAAUCUGCAGCUAGAGAAGCUCAGACCAUCUCUACAAGAAGAGACAAAGAUGGGAAUAAAAACUUUGCUCUCACCCUGGAUGUGAGUAAUUUCUCUCCUGAUGAACUGACAGUGAAAACAGAAGGAAGGAGACUGAUUGUAAUGGGGAAACGUGACAAGAAAUCUGACUCAGGGGGUGGAAGUUUCUUCCAUGAAUACAGAGAGUGGAAGAGAGAAAUGGAGCUCCCUGAAGAUGUGAAUCCUGAGGACGUGUUGUGCUCCCUGUCCAAGGAUGGGCAGCUCCACAUACAGGCUCCUCGCCUAGCGCUGACAGCUGCAAAAGAGAGACCAAUUCCCAUCACCGUGUGCCAAGCGCCAGAAGAUGCGCAGCAAACCCCAGCUGUGACCCAAAACAGCAGCUCUGAGGAAGGACAAGAAAAUUAACCUAAAGCUUCCUAAGAGCUUUAAAGGACUCAACAAAAUUGAAAUAAACAACUUUUCGUAUUUUACUUAUGGAGCUUGUUCUUUUUCUGUAAAUUAUUUUUAUAUCCAUGUUUUAUUAGCGACACAAAAUAUCACCGGCCAAUAUGCUGACAUUUAAGUUUUAACAGACUUUUUAAAUAAACAUUUAAAAAAAUUA